UAAAUAUUGAAUAACAAAAUUCGAAGACAUUAAAUGAAUUCGAAAAUUCAAUAGACGCUACAUAUAUGAAAAUAACCUACAAUUCCGACCGCGGUAGCCGGUAGGCGCGGUAACGUCAAGUUAGGAAUUGGGCUACAUAAAUGAUGUUGGCUAUCAAACAUUACUAUACUACAAUGAGACUGAACUCCGACAAGUAUUUAUGUUCUUAAUUGAAAAGUUACCCAGUGAAGAUGUGAAGAUAAAAAUCUAAUGUGAAAGUUGUCCCUUCUAAUAAGAAACAAGAGAUCCUGCAACAAAUUACUUUAAAAAUAGCUGAAGAUCUUAACACUAUGUGGAUUCUGCCUUGCUGUAAAAACCCUAUAAAAAUGUCAUUUGGUGACUACAUUUAUCAAAAAGAAAAAGGAAUUGAUAAAAAGCUGGAUUUUCUUAUUGGAAAAUUAAAACACUUUCAAAACAUAAAAAUUGAGAACACACCUAUAAUAUACCAAACAAAUAUGAAUACAAAUUCAAAUAGUGAAAUUCAAACAAAGAAAAAUAUUAAAGAAAUCCUCAAAGAAUUGAAGGAGACAACAAUUCAAUUGAAACAAAAAUUGGAUAUGCUUACCAGUGAAAGAAAUGUAAUGGAGGUUGAAUUUUCUCAGGCUCAAAAAAGCUGUGGAUGUGUUGAUUCAGACUUGCCGAACAUAGAGAAUGUGCUAAAGAGUGUUGGUAUUACUGACAUUGACUCAGAAAAUUUGGUUGAUAAUCUUUUAGAAAUUAUUCAUAAAAAUUUAAAUGGAAUGCAUGACAGACAUGACACCAAAAGAAUAUUAGAAAUAAUAGGUAAUGUGGACAAACAAAAUAUGGAAAUAAAAAAGAUUUUAGAAGAUACAAGACACUUACAAAAAGAAAUAAACAGUCUUGAGGGCAAACUGGGAAGGUAUUUCUCCAUUGCAGAUGAAACUCUUUUUAAGGAUGCUAAAAAGGAUGAUCAAGCAAAGAAAGCUUACAAACUACUGGUAUUCUUGCAUUCUGAAUGCAAUACGAUUGUAUCACUUGUUAAUAAAACUAGAAACCUUGCAAGGGGUAUUGUGGAUUUAGAAGAUAAUAUAAAAACGGAGAAAUCGAAGCGAACUGAAAACAUACUUCAAAAAGUUCAAUUAGAUUUAGCUAAUUUAUAAAAAGAAUCAAAUUAAAACUUAAUAAUAUAUGUCUCAUUAAACAUAUAAUAACAGGU